AUGUCUAACCAGAAGAGCACAGAGUCUGCCCUAAAGAAUCUAGAGGUCCAAGUGGGACAGCUUGCAAAGCAAUUGGCGGAUAGAUCAUCAAGCAGUUUUACAACUAAUACAGAGAAAAAUCCCAAGGAGGACUAUAAAGUCGUGAUGACUAGAAGCAGAAUGGGAAUCCAUGUGGAUGAGAGUGAAGCUAAGAAGAAGAUGGAGGAACAUAAACAACAGCUGGCACCUAAGCCAACACUUGAACCUAAGAACUGGUACAUCCAUAGUGACAAAAUUAUAGUGGAAGGCAAUUUUAGUGCUGUGAGUCAACGCAUUCUUCCACCUAAGCACAAAGAUCCUGGAGUUGUCACGAUACCGUGUUCCAUUGGUGACGUUGCUGUAGGAAAAGAUCUCAUAGACUUGGGAGUUAGUAUCAACUUAAUGCCUCUCUCCAUGUGUCGGCGACUUGGAGAUCUUGAGAUAAUGCAUACAUGCAUGAUCCUUCAGUUAGUUGAUCGCUCCAUCACAAGACCGUAUGGAGUGAUUGAAGAUGUUUUGGUGAAGAUGAAACACCUUAUAUUUCCAACUGAUUUUGUGGUGAUAGACAUAGAAGAGGAUGCUGAUAUUCCUCUCAUUCUUGGCCUCUCAUUCAUGUCUACUAAAAGCUUUGUAGUAGAUAUGGGAAAGAAGAUGUUGCAAAUGGGCACAGAAGAUCAGAAAAUCAGCUUUGAUCUAUUUCAUGAAGAUAAAGAGCCACCUGACCGGAAUGUCUGUUUUAAAGUUCACGUGAUGGAGGAAAGAAGACCUAAGAAGAAGGUCCUUGAAGUGGGAACUUUAUUGGAUCCUGGAUAA